GAGCCGCGGCGGCGCGCUCCGGGGCCAUUGUUCUCCAGCAGCGGAGGCGCGGAGGAGGCGGAGGCGGCCGCACACGGAGCUCCAGAGGCCGGGCAGCCGCUCACCUCAGGCCGCCAUGACGAGCUCCGGGCCCGGGCUCGGGGUCCUGCUGCUCACCGCCGUCCUGCUGCAGACGCUCGCGGUCACGAUCACGGUCCUGCACUUCAGCUCGGCCCUCAGCGCGAUGAAGGAGACGUUCGCUCGCAGUAGUGUGUCGUGUUUGACUCUGACCGGAGCCGAUUUGUCCCAGUCUGACCCCUGCUCCCAGGUCACACAACAACUACACCUGCUCAUCGAGAAGUCCCUGUCCCAGAGAUACCAGAGGCACAUCUCCUCGGCCGUCAGAGACGAGGUUUCGCGGGUGCUGCCCUCUGUGGUUCUGGAGGAGAACACGUCUCGGCCCAAAGUGGCGGCUCACGUCACCGGGAGCUUUGUGCCCAAACCGAGUCCAGACGCAGCAGCGUCUUCUUGGAGUGGGCGUCGGGUCCAGGGGCAGAAGAUCUCGUGGUGGGACGGGCACAGGGGUCUGGGGUUCCUGCAGGACGUGGAGCUCCAGCAGGGGGAGCUGGUGGUGUCACGAGGAGGACUCUACUACAUCUACGCCCAGGUGUACUUCAGACACCACCAGGGGGAGCCAGAGGAGCCGGAGGAGCCGGAGGAGCCACACGAGGAGGAGAGAGGAGAGAGGGGGAGGCCCCUGCUGCAGUACGUCUACAAGAAGGUGAGUUCGUACCCAGUUCCCAUCCUCCUGAUGAAGACGAGCAGGACUUCGUGUUGGUCCAGAGGUUCUGAGUUCUCUCUGCACUCCGCCCACCAGGGGGGGCUGUUCCCUCUGGCCACAGGAGACCGCCUCUUCGUCACGGUGACCAACGCCUCGGCCGUCGACAUGGACGAGAGGAGCAGCUUCUUCGGGGCUUUUCUCGUCAGUUAAACCUCAGAGACGAAGCCAGACUGCAGCAAACUUUCACUUUCACUUUCACAUGUCGACCUUUUUCACAACGACCGGAAAUGUCCCGCUUUAGGUUUGAAGAACUUUUGGUUAAUGGUUUUCUGCCCCAUCACUAAAUCUUCAACCAACAAGCUCCACAAUGGAUAAACAUUCUAACAUGAAAAAUGUAUCCACAACGAUCAAGAAAGAACAAAACUUAAAGGAAACAACAACCAGCUUUAGUCACACACUGAGCAGAGGCGGCGCUACCAUUAGGCAAAAGUAGACGACUGCGCAGGGCCCCCGAACCUGAAGGGGCCCCCAACCAAUGUCCCUGAGUGCCACAAAUGGUCGAGGCCUCAGUGUAAUUUGAUUUUCUCUCAAUAUGACAUUAAAUGAGAAAAGAAAACAUCAUCAAAAUAUUAUCUGAUUGUCAAAUCUGUUUUAACUGUCAAAGCCCCCCCCCCCUUUUACAUUAGAAUGGACUCGUCCGCUUGACCCUGAUUUGAACAUAGGCUACGUUUACUCUGAAACAAAUCACCGUAUCAGUGUCAGAAACGAUCUGCAUCCAGACAUGUUGUUUCUGUGUCCGCAAAUCUUCUCUGUUCACACAACUUUGAGCACAUUUGUUUAUGUUUUACAGAAACGAAAAACUUAAAAACACAUGAUUCAUUUACAUAAACUAAUCUAAAAAAAAAAAAACAGUUCUUUCCUUGUGUCUGAUGUGGUUCAGUUUUUGUUGGACUAAAAGACACGACUCAGUGGAAUCUGAGUGUUCUUUCUGUGACAGAGGGGUGUUCUGCUGAUGGUGAGUCUGUUCUGUGUUUCUGUCGUGUUGUUGGUUCAUGUGAAACUUUUCACACAUUAUACGUGUGCAGGUCGUACACACAGACACACGUUUAUAUGAGUGGACACAUAUUCUGUCUCUUAGUGUUUUGUGGGUGAGUGAGUUGGCGGUGACAGACCCACAUCAGACUAUCAGUUUUCAGGAGUCACACAGUCCCCGUCACAUCUGGACCAACAUGAACUCGUGGAGCUGGAGGCACCAGAUCGUUCAGACUCUGGAGCGGUUUUCAUUCGGAUUAAUGUGAACGAACACUGCAUCCACAACCAAAACAACUCGAGUGCGAACUAGUGUGGACGAGGCCAUAAUCACAGCAGAAUCAUAAUCAUAUAUUGUACUCGCAAAAUAAAAAAAAUAAAAAACCUACUUUCAGUUUGGCGACCGAACUAAUAAAACAAGUUUCCAAUCCACCGUAAUUCAAAUAGAGACGUGUGUGUCUCAAGAACGAUGGGGAAAAAGAGACAAUAAGUAUUAAAAAUAAAAUCAAUAACAACAUAACAGUUCAUAUGGUGACGGCCCCAAACACAAGUUCACCUAAGGCCCUCAAAUUGUUCCCUCCGCCACUGCGACGGAACUAAACUAACUGUUAUGACUGUUAGGAUCAUGAAUAAAACUGAAGCAACUUGUUCACUCAGACUCAUUCUACUAUUCAAAUUAAAAUUGGAUUUGAUGAUGUAGAGAUUUGCACAAACACAGAGAUUUGUGCAGUUUGAAUGUGAGCGUCUCUAGGACCAGAACAUGAGUUGAGUUUGUUGUGUGACUAAUGUGACUUGUUGUUUCCUUUAAGUUUUGGUCUUUCUUUUCUUGAUAGUUGUGGAGAAAUUGUUCAUGAAAAAUGUUUAUCCUUUGUGUAGUUUGUUGAUUGAAGAUUUGGCCAGAUUUAUGAAGCUGCUGGAGAAUACGACACACACAUUUACACACACAUUUACACACACAUUUACACACACAUUUACACACACAUUUACACACACAUUUACACAGAAAAACACUAACCAAAAGUUCCACAAACCUACAGUCUGUGGUUUAAACCUGAAAUGUGUCUCUGAUCUGAUGGUCUCUCCCUGAAGCCCGGCUCCUGCACCAGUCCUGAGUCAGAGCUAGUGCAGCUUCUGCAGCUCAGGGAGGGAAGUCUGCAAGUCUGAAGUCUGGUUUUGAGCUUCACAUGAGACAGAAACUGAAUAAAGAGACACAUGCAGAACGUGUCUCUGUGUCUCUGGAGGAUCUGGAGGAUCUGGAGACACGGGGUCAGAGCUGAGAGUCGAACAUUUUUAAAUCUGUAAGAAGCAGGACACAGCUUUUUUUUUAUUUUUCGUCUCUGAACAAACGAUUCUGAAGCAACAAACUCCACAACAAGUCAAUAUUUUUCACGCUGUUUUCACCUGGAGACUCAAAGGAGAAAUUCAAUUUGUCAACUGGACAAAUGUUUGUUUAGGUCAAAAACAUUUCUCAGCUCAUCCAAGCUGCUUCUUCAGUUCUGGAUAAACUGCAAAAUGUUUUUGACCAAAUAAACAUUUGUCCAGUUUGUUCAGACAAAUUGAGUUUCUCCUUUGUCGUGGAUUUUAUCUGGACGUCUGAGGGAUUUUUCACUCCUGGAAACUCUGGAGGCACUUGGACAUUUCUUCUCAAACAAAGAAAAACUGGAAUAAUCCAUUUAAACCCGAGGCUGAAACUCUCAGACGCUUCAGUCGAGUCGGUUCUGUUCAGUCGAGUCGGUUCUGUUCAGUCGAGUCGGUUCAGUUCAGUCGAGUCGGUUCAGUUCAGUCGAGUCGGUUCAGUUCAGUCGAGUCGGUCCUGUUCAGUCGAGUCGGUUCAGUUCAGUCGAGUCGGUUCAGUUCAGUCGAGUCGGUUCAGUUCAGUCGAGUCGGUUCUGUUCAGUCGAGUCGGUUCUGUUCAGUCUUUUGUCUUUUCUCUUUGUAUUUUUGAUGUUGUCACAGUGUUUUUUCUGUCGAUUGACACAGAUUCACUGCACUCGUCUUGAACUCGGUCAGAUCUGUGGAGAGGCGAGCUCACUCACUGUAAGAACAUCCUGUUUAUGGAGGGAUUUCUGAGCGAUAAAAACACCAGUAACUGAACAAAUGAAACUCAAAAGAUUUUAAUGCCAAACUGUGGAAUUUUCUGCUCAAAGCCGCGCAUUUCCAUGGAGACAAACAGGUGGCGAUUUAGUCCAGGUUUAGUCCAGAUUUAGACCAGAUUUAGUCCAGGUUUAGUCCAGAUUUAGACCAGAUUUAGUCCAGGUUUAGUCCAGAUUUAGUCCAGAUUUAGUCCAGAUUUAGUCCAGGUUUAGUCCAGAUUUAGUCCAGGUUUAGUCCAGAUUUAGUCCAGAUUUAGACCAGAUUUAGUCCAGGUUUAGUCCAGGUUUAGUCCAGGUUUAGUCCAGAUUUAGUCCAGAUUUAGUCCAGGUUUAAUCCAGGUUUAAUUCUGUUUAAGUAUUUGAUUUCCAGCAGAGCAUUGUGUUGUUACAUAAUUUUCCUUCUGCACCAGAUUUGGACCAGGUCUGGACCAGGUCUGGACCAGGUCUGGACUUGGAUUUAACCAGGUCUUGUUCAUAAUCUGACACGUCUCUGAGGCCCCAAACCUGAAGCUCCUGAAGCUCCUGAGAAACCAGACGCUUCCUUCACCGUCAGGUCAGCGCAGCGAGAAAAAGUCCACAGAUUCAAAGUGUGAAAUAAAUGUGAUCUGUUUAAAACUGCCCCCGUGAGCUUUAACCCAGGUUCUAAUGUUCCACCUUGUGAUGUCAUGAAGUGGUAGUUUUCAAGUUCUCAGCUCCUUUUCCCUUUAGUUCAGUCGAGAUCGGAAACUCCAGGACUGAAAUGAUCCAGAUGAUUCUAGUGAAGGUGUGUGGAGUUUAAAAACACAGUGGAGCACUUCCUGUAUCACCACAUGAUGACAUCACAAGGUGGAACAGAGUGUUUCCUGUGUAUUGGUUUGUGAGUUAAACACGUGAAUGAAACAAAAAAACGAGAUUAGAUCAGUUGAGUAGAUCUGGUCGUUUGUGAAUCUGUGUCAGAUUUUACAGAAAAAACACUUAAACUUCUGGAUGGAUUUGAAUUUUUGUAAUUUCAUUUUGUUUCUUGAAUUUUCUGUGUAAAUGUUGAGUUCAGGGGAAACUCCAGAUCUGAGUUGAAACUGUGACACGUGUGAAUGUACAAACUGUAAAUAAUAAAAACUUCAACCUGGA